AUGCCCAACAACUACCCGACCAUCGUCGAUGGAACCUGGUCUCAUCUCAAAGAGCUCAUCGCAGAUGCGCCGUGCUGGAGCUGUCGGCGGAGGAGAGUUCGGUGCGAUGCAAUCAGGCCCGCAUGCGUAAAGUGCACCAGAGCAGGCAUCCAGUGCCUGGGUUAUGGACCGACAAAACCGUUGUUAUGGGUUGGAAUGCCUCGCCGAGCCAAAAAGAAUUCCAAAUCGCGGGCCGACACCAGGAAAACUAGGUACACCGACACAGCUACCAGUCAAUUCAGGCAGACAUGUGAAAUAGCGAUACACAUAGCAGACGAAGAGCUUAUCACUUCAGAAGCCUUUGACGCCGUCCCAACCCUUCCACAAGCAGACACGGAAUGCCAGAUACUGAAAAUCCCGACCAACCCCUUGGUUGUCAAUUACGGCCUACAGUCUUUAGAGUACAUUCAAUACUACGAGCAAAGAUGUUGUAUAGAAUGCAGCAUUUACGAAGAGAACUCUGUCAACCCGUUUCGGCAAUUUCUGCCAUUGAUUCAAAACAGCCCUCUAGUCCAUCACACAAUUGUCUCCCUUGCGGCGCACCACCGAGCGCGUGGGGCCACACCCUUAAGAUGGCUAAAGAGACUUAGCUUUCCUCCCCAUGACGCAAGUGAAACAAUUCCGUCACGCGAUGACGCCGUACCUCUUCAGAGUCUCAUUUCCACGCAUUAUUCCAGCGCUCUUUCUCACAAAAGACGAGCGAUACAGAACUUGCGGCAGGCUCUGGCGGCUGCGGACCACUCAGACUCGGUCGUGGUUUCUACUCUACUACUGAUUUGGGUGGAGCUUUUGGAUUCGGGGUAUCAAUCCUGGAGACAUCACCUGAGCGGCAUGAGGGGCCUGAUAAUCUCUCGGACUAGGUCGUCCCACCCUGUUGGCAAAGACGAUUCUGCUCUCACACCGAACAUGGUCUGGAAUUUCAACGACUACCUGGAAGAGGCAUAUGUCAUCCUUUGCACCAAUGGGUCUGCUGCGGGCCCCUUGGCCCCCGAGCUGAAAGACCAUGCCGGAAAACUAUUUGACCAGCUAGACCGGUUCUCCUGUUGGGAUUGGUCGACAAGUUAUCCUGAACCAAAUUACGUCGAGGAGCGGUACCAUUUGGCAUGCUCUUACAAGGCUGCUAUCAAAGUUUACGGACGCCGUGCCCUGCUGGGGAGCGAUUUCGAGCCAACAGAAAUGAGAGAAAUACUCGAGGAUGCUAUGUAUCACAUGAAGAUGAUCGACCCACAAGAUAGCCACUUCAAAGGGUGUCUCUGGCCAGCCUUCGUUGUGGGAGCUGAAGCGAGCGAUCCUGCUCAUCGCCUAGCCGUCACAGAUAUCCUUAUCCACAUGUACGGCCUGCUUUAUACCAGGACCAUUGAACGAGGCCUACAUGCACUGGAGCGUAUUUGGAAGUGGAGACAAUUGACGGAGGAUCGCAUCUCAUGGAUUGUCUAUAUGUAUGAAGACGGCGAGGAAUUAUUACUAGUCUAA